AUGGUGUCCUUUGAUCAAAAUGGGGAAUUGGCUGCUGGAUUUGACAUUAUAAACUGGGUCACAUUCCCAAACCAGACCUUCUUGAGGGUUAAAGUUGGAAAGAUAGACCCUCCGACUCUCCAAGAUAAGAAAGAUGUUGUGACCUCCCUGGACAACGUCUUCACCAUUCAUGAGGAUCUCAUCAUAUGGCCCAAACAAUUUAACCAGUCACAGCCGCUUUCCAUGUGUAAUGACCACUGCCAUCCGGGUUAUAGUAGGACCAAGAAAGAAGGGGAGCAAUUUUGCUGCUAUGAUUGCUUUCCAUGUCCAGAAGGGAAGAUCUCAAACCAGAAAGACAUGGAUGACUGUUUUCAAUGUCCAGGAGAUGAAUAUCCAAACAUUGCUCAGGAUACAUGCCUUCUGAAAACAAUAACCUUCCUUUCUCACAAAGAGGCUCUGGGGAUCAGCUUGGACACUUUUGCUCUCUCCUUGUCUUGCAUCACAGCUUUUGUGCUUGGAAUCUUUAUGAAGAACAAGGACACACCCAUAGUCAGAGCGAACAACAGGGGCCUCACCUACACUCUCCUCAUCGCCCUCCUGCUCUGCUUCCUUUCUGCUUUGCUGUUCAUUGGACAGCCAGAGGUUGUGACCUGCCUCCUUCGACAAAUACUUUUUAGCAUAAUCUUCUCCAUGGCAGUUUCUUGCGUAUUGGCCAAAACCACCAUUGUGGUUCUAGCUUUCAUGGCCACGAAGCCAGGGUCCAGGAUCAGGAAAUGGGUGGGGAAACAAUUAGCCAUCUCCAUAGUCCUUUCCUGCACGCUGAUUCAAGCCACAAUAUGUAGUGUGUGGCUGGCAACCACUCCCCCAUUCCCAGACUUGGACAUACACUCAAUGCCGAAGGAAAUUGUGCUUGAAUGCAAUGAAGGUUCGACUAUCAUGUUUUACUGUGUGUUGGGCUUCAUGUGUCUCCUGGCCAUUGUCAGCUUCACGGUGGCCUUCUUAGCUAGAAAGUUGCCAGACAGUUUCAAUGAAGCCAAGUUCAUUACCUUCAGCAUGUUGAUCUUUUGCACGGUAUGGCUGUCCUUUGUUCCCACGUAUCUGAGUACAAAGGGGAAGUACAUGGUGGCUGUGGAGAUCUUCUCCAUUUUGUCCUCCAGUUUUGGGUUACUGAGCUGCAUCUUUUCUCCAAAAUGCUAUGUCAUUUUACUCAGACCUGAUCUGAAUAGCAAAGAGCAGCUGAACAUAAGAAAGAAUUAA